UGACUUAGGCAAUUUUUGAACAUGCCUUUGUGACUUAAGCAAGAUAUGGUAAGACUUUAUUUUGAAGGUCAUUUUUAACUUUUUACCCAAGUCGCUACUUUGGCCUCAAGCCGUCUUCUUCAAGGCGACGUUACCAUGACAACACAGAAACUUUGACAUGAUGGCGUCGCUCCUAGCAGACCUGCUGUUUGAAACUUCUGGGCGCGGUCCUCCUCCUAAUAAUAACUUUUAUCAUUUCGCUGUCACCAAGUCAGAGGCAAUCUGGAGAUGGUGGAAGAUAUCUCCAAGAGCCGUAGACAGGUACUCCAAGCCUGGGGAGCUGAAGGAGUCUCACCAGGACUUCUUGGAUGACACUUCACUGCACAGUGAGGUCAGUAUGGUUUUCGGUCCUCGAAUCUUGCAGUACACCAAGGCUUUGUGCCAAGGCCAUUAUGAUUAUCUGGACCACCUGUCUGAUUCCCUACUUCUGAAGAUAAUAAAUUAUCUAGAACUAGAAGAUGUAGGUCAGCUUGGAAGAACGUCACGCAGGUUCAGACAGCUAUGUGGGUCAGAGGAGUUUUGGGAGCAGGCAGUAAAGCGACGCUGCAACACAGUGUCAGCUGAGUUGGCAUCUCUGGCGCUUGAGGUGGGCUGGCGCAGCAUCUUCUUUACCAGCAAGCUACAGCUGCAGAAGUUGAUCAGCCGCAGGAGGCUGAAGACUGAUGAGUAUCACGAAGGACAGGCCUCUGACUCAGAUACAAAGACAGAGGAAUCUCUUGAUGAAAGCUCAGACACAGACCAGACAUCCAGUUCUGAGGGGGAAUCUCAGCUUGACAUUAUCCAAGAUCUAAGUCUGGGCAUUGAUCCUGGUCCUGGCUCAGACUCUGGCACAUGCUGUGAUGUUGACCCUCGCCCUAACCCUGAACCAGAGGCCGGCUCUAAUUCCAGCGUGCCUGUACCCUGCCAACUGUUUGUGGAUAUAAAGAAGUGUGUGGUGGAAACAGCGGUGCAGAGUAGUGCACCGAGCAAUAGUAGAGGAGACUGCCUUGCAGAGCUAGACGAGACAAUGAGUUAAUCCUUUAGUGAAGUACUGCAGAAGUCUUGUGUUUCAGACCGCCUGUUAUAUUGAUAUGACAUUUGUACGCAUUUGCACAGUUGUGUCUUGACUAUAAGAAGAAUAGCAUCUUUUUUUUGCCAUCUCAUUUUCAUUAGUAUGUCCAUUGUGCCAUGACUUUUCUGACUUCACAUACAUUGACACCAGCAGAAAAACAAGAGCUUGUUGAUUAUAUUAAUUGUUCCUUGUAAUAUACAAGUUGUUAUGUACAAUAUUGAUCGUUAUGGAUUUAAAUUUUUGAACUGAAAUAUACAAUAUGCAAUUCU